AUGGAAACCACAAACAUGCAAAUGGACACGGAGAAGUCCAACUCCUGGCUCUACUACAAGCUCGGCAUCCACACCCUAGCCCUCGUCCUUCAAUCCGGCAUCACAAUCACCACCCCAGACCCCAAAGUAGACGCAAAACUGCAAGUAACAUCUGGUAUACACCAUGGAGGGACCAUCAAAGUCAUUGUUGCCGGACUCCCCCGCACAGGCACAAUGAGCAUGAAGCACGCGCUUGAAGAGCUAGGGUAUGGCUCAUGUUUUCACCUCGCCGAGCCCCUCUGCCAAUUUGACAACCUCCGCGAAAGCGCCGCCAUCGUCCAAACAAAGGACACGGCCCUCCGGCGGCGCAAGCUCGCCAAACUCUUCCAAGGCUGCGAAGUCACCCUCGAGGUUCCCGGAAGUGCAUGCCUACCCGACCUCCUGGAAAUGUACCCCAACGCGAAAGUCGUUCUGACAGAACGCACCUCCGCGGCCGUCUGGUUGCGCUCAUGGCGCGGCUUCGGUAUUGAUCUACGGUCUGAAUGUUUCCGCUGGGUCGGGUACUGGGUUCCCGGCAUUGUGGCUGCUAACGAUCUCUACCGCGGCUGGAUGCAGCUUUGUGCUGAGCGGCUAGGGGUCGAGGCCGAGCCGUCGGAGGAGCUGUACCAUGCGUACAAUGCGUGGGUGAAGAGCAUUGUGCCGCAGGAGAGACUGCUAGUCUUUAAGUGUCAGGAUGGGUGGGUGCCUCUAUGUGAGUUUUUGGGUAGGCAGAGGCCGAAUCGCUUCCCGCAUGGCAAUGAGGCAGGCUAUUUGCGGUAUUAUAAGCGGGUAGCGAUUAUGCUAGGGAUUUUCCUGUGGUUGAUUGUUCUUGCUAUGGCUAUUUUGUUAUUCUUUGCGUUUCCUUUGCUUGAGUAA